AUGAACGAUAAGUCUAUCGAAUUUACAACAACUAAUCGAAAUGCACUUGUACUUCACUAUCAAGGUUAUCAAUAUACAUUUAAACGUAAAUAUAAAAAUACUAACGAAUGGCGGUGUAGACGAAGACCGUGUACAACUUCAAUAUCAUUAUGUCGGGAUAACAAAUCAAUUAUUAGAGAACCUGAUCAACAUACUUGUAGUCCUUCAUCACCACAAAAGAUUAUUGUUGAAAAAGCUGUAUCUCGUAUGAGACAACGAGCAGCUGUAGAAACUUUACCAAUUCCUCAAAUAUAUUCACAAGAAGUCGUAAAAAACCGUAUUGGUAAACCUGACCUGGACACUGGCUCAAUUUUUCCAUUAUUGGAUAGUAUUGAUUCAACUUUAUAUCGUCAAGGUGCUAAAAACUAUCCAAAUGUACCAAAAAAUAUUCAUGAUCUUAUGAUUCCAGAUGCUUGGAAACUCGGUUCUCAUGGUGAACCUUUUCUUUUGGUCGACGAGAUUUAUGGUGAAGAUCGGCUUCUUCUAUUUGCUUCAGAUUGGAGCUUAAAGUUCUUAAGUUCUUGUAGUCAAUGGCAUUCGGAUGGUACAUACAAAUGUCGUCCUUUGUUAUUUGCACAACUUUAUAUUAUAUUUGGUUUUAAUAAUAUGAUGAUACCAUGUGUGUAUUGCUUGACAACCAAACAAGACGAACAUGUUUACGUGAAAAUAUUACACCAUUUAUUAAAUAUUGCUCGACAAAAAGAAAUUAUACUUGAUCCAAAACGUUUAACAUGUGAUUAUGAACUAUCAGCAAUUAACUCAUUUAAAAAAGUUUUUCCUACAAUACAUGUUUCUGGAUUCUUUUUCCACUUUUCGCAAUCGCUCUGGCGAAAGAUCCAAGAAUUGGGCCUCACUCGUUUCGUUAAAUAUUCAAAUUUAAAAGUUUCAAACACAAGCAUUGCUGAAGAAAAAAAAAAGGCUAGUACAUGGUUUUUAUGUGCCAUAGGUCUAGCUUUAAUUCCAAGAAAUUUAGUAGAAAAAACAUGGACCGAAGCCAUGGAUGAAUACACACCUAAUCAUGUUUCAAGUAUUAAAUUUAACGAUUAUAUGGUUUCUACCUACGUCGAUUGUACCUCAUCACGUUUUCCACUUAAUUUAUGGAAUGUUAACGAUGCUCUUGUCAACAAUAUUCCAAGAACAAAUAACCACGUGGAAGCUUAUAAUAAUCGACUAGGCUCAUUAUUUCCUGUUCAUCCUCAUAUUUUCAGAUUUAUCGAACUAUUACAUGAACACUUGUUUCACCAUCAUCAUGCCGAACAAUCGAAAUCUUAUUUACCAAAACGACCAAAAUCAAGUGAAGAUAUUAAUAUUAAAAUUAUCGAUCUACUCGAUAAACAUAGUAAUGGUGAAUUGACAGAUUUAGAAUUAGCACUUCAUUGUGAAGAUUUUCAAAAUCUUUUAAAUUUGGAUAAUCAACAACAUUCAGUUUCAUUAACAAAUGCUAAUCAACGAUCAUCAAGAUUCCAUUCUAUAUUUACUGUUAAGGUAAGUUAUAUUGAUAUACCACAAUCAACAAGAAUGCGUUUAUCAUUUGGAUUAAAUACAGCUAAUUCUUUAUCAAAUAUUGAUAAAAGUGCAACAUUAUCUAGUUCAUCAAAAAGUGCAAAACAACAAGCACAAGAUGAAUUAGAUGAACAAACUGUAUGA